CUCGUUUUAUGCGAAAGGGAAGAAUCUCGCCGCUUCCUUGAGGAUGAAGAAUGUCAUGUUCUUGGCUCACAGGGCCCAUUACUGAGAGACAUGAGAAAUCCAUGAUUAAAGUUAUUCAUAACAGCUAAUAUGGCAACUUGCGAUGGAAGUGCAGCAACUCUGGAGAACCUUGGUCAGGGGCUCUUUGGUGUCCAGUUGGAGGUGACUGAAAAAUUGCUUGAAGCAGAGAAAAAGAAACUAAUUCAACUAGAGUUACAACUCGUUGAAGAAUCAGAGAGCGGAAUAAGUGGUGUUGAGAAGGAAAAAGAAUUGACCCGUCAAAAAUCAAACUAUACACAGUUGUUGGUACAACAUCACCAGCUGGCCAAAGAAUAUGAGGAAGCUGCAAGAGGUCUGUUCAGAAGAACAACCAAGCAGAGAAAGUCUACAAGAAGUGUACCUUCUCUUGGUUUCAAGCAAACUGUCAAAGCAAGGCCCACCAUCUUUGGAAAUGUGGUUGACGAAGAUUGGGAAAAUCACAAUGGAACAUCUGUGAAGAAGAUUAGCCUUACUCCAUCAAGAACUCCAUCUAUCCCUUCAAACCUUUCAGAGGGUGUUGUGUUUGAGAAUGGACAUAUUACAGCUGGUACUCUAAGUGGUCUUAUCCAGCUCUUGGUUCCUCUUCCAAAUUACUACCCUGAUAGGACAUACAUCUUUGCAUUUCUACUAUGCUCAAGGCUGUUUAUUCUUCCAAGUGAAUUGCUGUCAAGAGUUUCAAAGUCAUGUGCUGAGCAGAUAAGAAAAGCUCCUUCUGAAGAGACCAAGGUGCUUGCCUUUAAUUUGGUUAAACUAUUGAGAGAAUGGACGGAGACAUUUCCAAACGACUUCAAGGAUGAAGUGAUGAUGAUGCAUAUUAAGGACAUCACCAGUUACUGUGCAUCACUGACAGUGGAAUUAAGAACCAUGGUUGGACAGAUGACUCAGUCCCUAUUUCAGAAGCUUGCGUUGUUGAAUAAAUAUGAAGAGAUUCUGUUAAAGGCAACAGCGGCCGCUGAAGAUAGAAAGCUGAAAGGAUCCACCAAGCACAAAAGCGUUCUCGAGGUCUGUUCUCCUCCAGUAAUAAUGGCUCAACAGCUGUGUCACAUUGAGUUGGAAAGACUGGCUAACAUUGGACCAGAGGAGUUUGUGCAAACUUUUAUUCCAAGAGAUGAAGCGGACUUGAGAUCAACUCUUAGCUAUAUCAAAAGGACAAGCAACUUAGAAGCUUACAUCGAAUGGUUCAAUCGACUCGGUUAUUUAGUGGCAACCGAAGUCUGUUUAGGGAAUAAAAAGAAAGUCAGGGCCAAGAUCAUUGAAUAUUUUGUUGAUGUGGCCACCGAGUGUUAUGACAAAGGAAACUUCAAUUCUGCCAUGGCUAUUAUUGCCGGAUUGAACAUGAGUCCUGUGACAAGAUUAAAAAAGACGUGGUCCAGAGUAAAGUGUAGAAAGUUUGACAGACUUGAACGCGAGAUGAAUCCGGCAUCGAACUUUGCUUGUUAUCGAGCGAUGUUCAAAAUGGCUGUUGAGAGCAGCGGGGGUAGGUUUGAAUACUCCGUUCCUUUCUUCAGCCUGUUUGUGAAAGAUGUUUAUUUUCUUAACGAGGGCCACUCAAACAGACUUCCAAAUGGACACAUAAAUUUCGAGAAAUUCUGGCAGCUAUCAAAACUGAUAACAAAUUUUGUAACAUGGAAGGAAGCAGCUUGUAAAUAUGACCGCAACAGGGCUGUGUUGAAUUACCUGAUGACUGUCCCAGUGUUGUCUGAAAAGA